UUUGCGGUGCAGGGAGGAGGGGCUACGAUAAAUUUCGCUUCGUUGUCGUGUAUUAACUUUUAUGUGUUUUGUGAUAAAUUAAGGUUUAAUGGAUUGAAUUAAGUUGUAUUUUUACGUAUUUUAAUUGUGGACGGGAUUGUUUCUCAUCAAUUUGUCAAUACCGGCUCAUCAUUCUGACCGCUCCCAGUGCUAAAGUACGUACGUCAGUCUUCAAGUAUUUUUCAUACUGUUUGUGCUACUUGCGCAUAGUUGGGGCCGUGUGAUAGUAAAAGCUGUUGGAAAGUGCAUUCAUACUAGAAAUUGUUUUGGUAAAAACUAAUCUCAUACCCAUUUAAUCUAGUCCGUCAGUGUUAUAGUGUCGAGUCGGUGCUUAUUUGAUGUUUGUAGCCAUUUUUGGUGCCGUGAUCAGAUCAUAAUGACUAUAUUAUUAAAUAGUUUUAGCUAUUAGACAUGAUAACAAUAUCACCAAAAUGGACGGCGUGAAGAAAAUACACUCGGGGACACUGUAUCGUAACGGGCCGGUAGAGGGCGCGUAUGGGCCGCAGCAUAGCCCUGUGUCGCGUUCCGACGCCUCCACCGAAGACGCUGAACUGUCAGCUGCUCUCGCUCAUCAGCACCAUCUGGCUAUGCAGGCGGGUGAUUACCCUGUCGGUGGCGGUGUGGAGCCGGACUAUGGCCAGUACGUGUCGUCACCAGCAGCUCAUUACAAUCACAUGGGACACCUCACCAUGGCGCCAUCACAGAAAUACCCUCAUGUGAUGGAGACUGUGUCUGUGAGUAGCGGUUACGCGGGCGGGGUGGGGGCGGGUCACUACGGCACGUACGCUCACUACGGCGCCGCGUAUCCAACUCAGCCCGCUUACUUAGUUGAACCUCAAGUACCCGCUUAUAUGGCACAGGAAUUUGUAGAGGGCGGUGGUAGCGCUUCCCCUCGCAGUGCUUCACCCGGGGCCAUACCUCCGCAACACAAUAUGCAUCUGCAACAGAGGUACGACUCAGCGUCUCUAGAACAAUUAGGUCGACACUACUGUGUGACGUCACCGCGCGGUGAAUACGCCCCGGACGCGUACGGCUACCAGCACUAUUCCGCCGCCUACGACACUACCCACCAGCCAACGGCGUUUAAGGAUUCACAAAACGGUUUGAGUUUAGGCAGUACCGGAGGGCAGUCCAUGUAUGGUGAUGAAGAGGAGCUACAAAAGCAAAUGGCCAAUAUGGCUUUAGUUCACGGUAGUGUUGGGGUGGGAGGUCGGGAGGAGGGGGGUGGUCUCCAGUGGCGAGACCCCAACCUGCCAGAGGUCAUCGGUUUCCUGAACUCGCCGUCGGAUGUCGUGAAGGCAAACGCCGCCGCUUACUUACAACACCUCACCUAUAUGGAUGACCCUAAUAAACAGAAAACUAGAAGCUUAGGCGGCAUCCCACCCUUAGUGCGUCUGAUAUCCCACGAGAAUAUGGACGUGUGUCGUAACGCGUGCGGUGCUCUACGGAACCUGUCCUACGGCAGACAGAACGACGAAAACAAGAGGGCCAUACGGGACGCGGGGGGAAUCCCCGCACUUAUGGCGCUCCUCGUACGAGUCUCCGAUCUGGAAAUCAAGGAGUUGGUGACCGGCGUCAUAUGGAACAUGUCUUCCUGCGAGGAUCUCAAGCAGUCCAUUAUAGACGACGCGGCUCAGGUUAUAUUCAACAAGGUCAUCAUACAUCACUCUGGCUGGCAUCCGACAAACCCUGGGGACACGUACUGGUCCAACGUGUUCCGUAACGCGUCCGGUGUGCUCCGUAACGCGUCCUCGGCCGGGGAGUACGCUCGCAGACGUCUCCGUUCCCUGGCGGGGCUGGCCGAGGCUCUGCUGCACACAGUGCGGGUGGCGCUCGUCAAGAACGCUAUAGGGACCAAGGUCGUCGAAAAUUGCGUCUGUGUCCUAAGAAAUCUGUCGUACAGGUGUCAGGAAAUAGAGGACCCGCUGUAUGACACUCGAGCGCCUCCGACACAGUCAUCGGGACAGGCGAGGAUUCAAGCGAGUGCGUCGAAAGGAGAAAAUCUCGGAUGUUUCGGUGGAAGUAAAAAGAAAAAAGAGGGUUCGUCAUCAAAUUCUACGAGUCCGCUCGGCAAGAGCGAUCCUGAACCACAGACGGACACGAAUACUACACAGUUAGGGUACAGCGUACCCAAAGGGACGGAGAUGCUGUGGUCGCCUGAGGUGGUUCCUCUAUACAUGGCGUUACUCCAAACAUGUUCCAAUCCUGAGACCCUGGAGGCCGCGGCCGGAGCUCUACAAAACCUCGCAGCUUGUUACUGGCAACCCUCCAUAGAUAUACGUGCAGCUGUUAGGAAAGAAAAAGGGUUACCAAUUCUCGUAGAACUGUUACGUAUGGAAGUCGACAGGGUGGUGUGUGCUGUGGCCACAGCUCUACGUAAUUUGGCCAUCGAUCAACGCAACAAAGAACUCAUAGGAAAAUACGCGAUGCGUGAUUUAGUACAGAAAUUACCCAGCGGUAAUCAACAACACGAUCAGGGUACAUCGGACGACACCAUAGCCGCGGUACUGGCUACAUUAAACGAGGUUAUAAAGAAGAGUGCCGAGUUCUCACGUUCGUUGUUAGAGGCGGGCGGGGUCGAGCGCUUGUUGAAUCUGACCAAACAACGUCAUCGCCACACGCCCAGAGUACUAAAGUUUGCUGGCCAGGUCCUAAUGACGAUGUGGUCUCACGUUGAGCUGCGUGAGGUGUAUCGUAAGCACGGAUGGCGUGAAGCAGAUUUCCUCACACCGGCCAGGGCUGCUCAACCCCGGGCAGCAUCUAACACUAGCGGUGGUACGCCGGGCGCGCCGCACUCGCCGAGCGCCGCGAACAGUACGCUCAGCCGACCGAUGGCAUCCACUGGCGGCACUCGUUACGAAGACCGCACCAUACGACGGCAUAGGGAGAACGAUGACAUGCCACCCAUGGAUGUGAAUUACGUCGACGGUCUGGGUAUGGGGAACCCUAACGGCCGUCCCAUGAACCUACAGGGGGUCCAAGCCCAAAUGCCCCCACCAAGCAGCCGUUAAACUUACGCUCGCGAAUGUACCUCGUCCUAGACACUUUCCUUCAUGAAUGUACCUAUGUCGUAGCAGUUCUUAUGAAAUAUUUAAUUGUUGAGGUGUGAUCUAACGUAUUAUUAUUCAUACGGAUAUGCCUAUAAUAUUUUUUGUAGUCUCGUUUUUAAUAUUUUUUUGUUGUUGUGAUAAACGAAUGAAGUACAAUGUUUUUUUUUUCUCAUAUUGUUUGUGAUAGUCUUAUUAAUUUAUGCGUACGCGAGCUGGUAUUUUUUUUUAUCCAUGGAAUAUCACAAUCAUAUAAUUUCUUUUGUAAACCAGGGACUGAAGUGACAUUUUUUUUUUAAUGUAUACCACCGCUGUGACAUUUCUGACAUCUUAUCUCCGCACGAAAUGAUAACGUAAUUUUAUGGCUAACCUAAUAAAGUAAUAAAGUCAAUUCCCCCUGUAUAUAGUCGUGCCAUUGUAACUCGGAAGGGGAUUCCCAUAGAUGUUGUGUAAUUUUUUCUAUUAAAUAAAAUCAAGACUCACUUAUUAUGGGUAUUGUGAUCGUUGUAACGGUACAGUCAGCUACGUAAUACGAAUUCUUUUUUUCCUACAGUUCAAUUCAUUAUCUCAUAUAGUGACGUGUGUUAAUUAUAUGUUGUGGUUUGUAUUAUGUCGCUGACUGUACGACCAUUAUCAUUUAUAUAAUUAAACGAGCAAUCUAUUUACUACGGUGUAUACCUAAAUAUUAUAUAUUCGGGAUUUGAUUGUAAUUUAUGUAAUAGACAAGGCCCUGCGUACUGACGGGCCGUUAGAGGAAGGUUUUUUGUAACAUUUUGUAUUCAUUCCAGAAACUUAAUGUAAUAUAGGCGUCUAAUUGUCCUCUUUAUAUAAUUAAGAAAUAUCCGUCUUAUAUACAUAGAUAUAAGAUCAUUAUUCGGAUGCCCGUGUGAGCUUUAAAUACGGUAUCAUCCGCAUCCCUAUAGUUUUAUUAAUUUUUUAUAUAUAUAUUUUAAAACACUUUUGUUUGUGAAAUUACUUUUAUACGUUCAUGAACACGUGGUGGUAGGAAUCAUAUAAAAGUCCUUAUAAUUUAAAAGAAAUAACAAGGAAAGUUGUAUAUUAAAAUAAUUAUAAUUUGUAUGUAUGUCCUUUAUUUCGAAUCGCACGAACUUUGACAUAUAUAAUAUAAUAUAAAAAUAAAACGAAGUUCCAGCAGAUUUCGUCUAAGAUAAUGAUCUCCGUGAACACGCGAUUAUCAAGUUGCUGUUAGUAUAGAAGGAUUUCCCUCCGUUUUCGAUUUUAGCUUUUUUUUUUUUUUUGUUUUUUAAGUAACUAUUUAUUAUCAUUAUUUCCAUGGAAUCAUUAUUAAUGUUACACGUAGCGAGUAUUCAAUGUAUGCACAACACGCGACUGACUUCCCCGGUAUGUAACUACCCUCACUCAGCGCAGUUAUAAUUUUAGUGUAAGUUUUGUAUGAUAUUUUUAUAUGAGGAAUGUUUACUGCAGUUGGUUAGACUUGCCAGCUCUUGGUCGCUUCUAUGAAGCGAAAUUAUUGCAAUAGAUUAUUUUGCUCUCGAUAAAAAAUUUUUUUUUUUUAUAUCUACUUCUGAUAAUAGCAAUUUUUCUAAAACCGCUUCAGAGAGACCCUCAAAAAAUAAAUAUUAUGUAUGAUACUUAUAUUUUUUUAAUUAUAUUAAGUUAAUGGGUUUAUAUAGCGGUGUCUUUCUGGCCGAUGGUAGGCUUAAGGGAACUUAUUUAAUCACCUUAUUAAUUUAUGAUAUGAAUUAUAUUAGGGAAAUAUAGCCAUUUGUUUUUUUCAUAUUAUAUAUACAACGUGAUUUAUGUAAAGUUUAUGGGCAGUACUUUUUUAAGAUAUUAAAUCAUUUAUAAUGUUUACUAUGGCAGCUGAUAUAAAAUAAAUGUUAUAUUUUUUUAACUAACCUCUUUAUAACGUGUCGGUUUUCUUUUGUGCUGCCAAUAUAAGAUCUCUUUGAAGAUUCUACGUAGGUUAUACACCAUGAUUAUAAUUAAACCACAAAUAAAAUAUUAUAUGAUUGUCUAUGGUCAACCAGAGACUAUAGUCGUUGGAACAGUAAUACUCGAUUAUUUAUAUUUUAUUUAAAAAAAAAAAACAUUAUUAUUAUUAUUAUUUAAUAAUCACUUAUAUUCUUUGGUCGCUGCGACGUUACUGCUGUUUAUUGAUUAGUUUCUUAUUACAUUUUGUGAGUAGAUAUAAAUUGAGAAUAUUAUCUUUUUACAUAAAAAUAUAUUAUACACAGAAAAAUUAAAGAAUGGUUUUUUUUUAA